AUGGAAUUUGAUACCAAGACUCCUCUCUAUUCUACUCAGGAUAAAACAUCUUUCGCGUAUAUUUCUGCGAGAGAUCGUUGGCCUGUUAUUCUUACUGGAGCUAUUGAUGAUGUUCACAGAGCAGUAUCCGAAUCGACGGGUAGCAAACAUGAGGAAGGAAAACGCAUAGUCGAGACUCUCGCAAAGCUAAAAUAUGAGCUUCAACACGACAGGAAAUUAACCCCUCUUCUUGAUGAUGGACAGCCGGAUAUUGAGGGCUAUAAUAAGGAAUUGGAAAAAUUGGGUUACCCAUCAUGGUUCAAUAUUCCAUGGUUAUUUGCGGAAUGUUAUCUCUACAACGUAUAG